AUGGUCAACCCCGUAUCAACAGGUAAGAUGGCCUCUGUAUCAGCAGAGAACGAUCAGCCAGCGGUCCUUCUCAAACUUAUCAUUUUCGCUGUAUCUAUGGCGGUAGCUCCUAUUGGUACCUACUUCUUGGUUUUGAACCAAUUCACACAAGGAAAUACCAUCGCCUCAGCAAUAUCAGCAAUAGUCGCAGCAAAUAUCAUUUUGGUGGCAUAUAUCGUAGUAGCAAUGAUAGAAGACCGUUCAUUCCCUACCACAUCAAAUAAACCGGUGACAGAGGUGAAGAAGAAUAAAUGA